GGAAUGUGAAUGUGACUGCACUCUGUUGGGAUUUACAGAGUAACUCAUCCUCAGUUACCUGUCUGACUGACCCUUCAGGAGUUAUAACAGGGGUUGUGGUAGCUGGUCUAGUGGUCAUCAGUAUCCUGUGUAUCAGCAUCUUUAUAUGGUGUCGCAGGACAGAGCUUUCCAGAACAAUUCCACAGAAACAGUUUCCAAAAUACUUUAAAUCCAAGAGUCGUGAUGAGAACCGUGGCUUCAGAGUGGAAUUUGAGGAGUUAAAAUCUGUGGGUACAGAUCAGAGCUGUACAGCUGCUUUCCUUCCUAAAAACCAGAGCAAAAAUAGAUUCAGCAACAUUCUGGCCUAUGAUUCAUCUCGUGUGAAGCUCACUGUAGAGAACAGUGAUGACUCUGACUAUAUCAAUGCAAACUACAUGCCUGGAUACGGCAUUGACAGCAGGCAGUACAUAGCAGCUCAGGGUCCUCUGGCUUCUAUGGUUGGUGAUUUCUGGAGAAUGGUGUGGGAACAGAAGUCUCAGGUCAUUGUGAUGCUGAUUAACUGUACAGAGAGUGCACGGAUUAAGUGUGAACAGUACUGGCCAGAGAACCGCAGUCCCUGUGCUUAUGGCAACCUGAUGAUCAGUGUCCAAUCAGAGCAGAAAGUGAAAAGCUGGACUGUGCGGGAAUUUAGUGUGAAAGAUACUGUAAGUUCUGAUGAGCGGAAAGUGCAUCACUUCCAGUUCACAGCUUGGCCUCAUAUUGGAGUUCCCUGUGACACUGAGGAGCUGAUGCAGUUCAGAGGGAUUGUCCGGCAGCACAUAGAGAGUUUCUCAUCCACAGGACCUACAGUAGUGCACUGCAGUGCUGGAGUGGACAGGACUGGAGUUUUUAUCGCUCUGGAUACAGUACUGCAGCAACUUGAGAAAGAGAAAGCAAUUAGCAUUGCUGCCUGUGUACAUCGCAUGAGGCUCAACCGACCCCUUAUGGUGCAGACUGAGGAUCAAUAUGUGUUCCUGCACCAGUGUGUCAUGGAUUUGCUUCAGUCAAAGAAUAACUUUAUCUCAAAGUCUGCAUAUGAAAACCCAAACAUUUAUGAAGACCCAGAUAUGCAUGACAAUUCUAAUUCCUAUGAAAAUACAGAAAUCAGUGACAUUCCAGAUAUCUAUGAAAUUCCAGAUAUCAGUGAAAUUCCAGAUAUCUAUGAAAUUCCAGAUAUCAGUGAAAUUCCAGAUAUCUAUGAAAUUCCAGAUAUCAAUGAAAUUCCAGAUACGGACUAUGCAGUUUCUUUUGAGCUCCCACCAUAUCAUACAGAAAACUCAAGUGUAUAAACAGUUUGUGCGCA